AUAGAUAUUGAAAAUUUUCAUUUUGACUAUGUUUCUUCUAAAAGUUAUUUGUCUAUUUAUCAUGUCAUUUUACGCUUACGGAAAUGAAAAUUUAAAUGAUAGAUGUGAAGUAAAACAAAAUGAUUGUAAAGUACCAAAUUCAACUUGUGUGCAGUUAGAAUUUGAAUAUAAGAUUGUCUUAUAAUAAUGUUAUUUUAUUCAAAUAAUAUUCACAGAACUGGUAAUGCUAUUUCGAUAUGUAGAUAUGGAACUUGUCUUUGUAAAUUCGAUUUUUCGAUUGAUGGAAAUCAAUGUCAUAAAUUAAAAACUUUAGGAGAAGACUGCGAAAAAGAUAAUGCUAAAAAAAUGUGCUAUGAAGCUAUUAAACUGCAAUGUGAGAAUGAAAAGUGCAUUUGUAAAGAAAAUUACGAACCUGAUGGAGAAAAUCCGAAAGGAUGUAUUUUAAAGAAUUCGGCUAGAAAAGGACUUGGCGAAACUUGUGAGAAUAGCGAUGAAUGUAGUAAAGAUAGGUUAAGUAACGCUUUCUGUCAAGACAACAAAUGUAAAUGUUAUUUUGACGCAACAACUGUUGGUGAUAAAUGCGUUAAACAAAACUAUGGGGAGUCUUGUCAGGAUGGCAAAUCGUCGGAGAAGUGUAGAGGAACUGAAGAUAAAAAUAUGGAGUGUAAGGACAAAGUAUGCAAGUGUAAAUCAACUUUUACAUGGAAGAGAAAUAUGUGUUUAAAGGAAGGCUCCGUUAUUGAUAGAGAUUAUUUGGAAACUUGUACACCUGUACCAAAAGGUAAAGCAGACCCUGUUCAAUUAUGUAAGACGGAAUUCUUUUGUUAUGGUUGUUCUGAUGACGCAAAACUAAAAGAUCGUUGCGUAAACGAAGAUGACACAAAACCUCCGAAAAACUCAGGCCUAAAAAACAGUGUGAUUAAUGAAUUUAUAGUUCUAACUAUUAUUUUUAUGGUUAUUAGAAGAAUGUUUUGCUGAAUAAACAAUUAAAUUAUUAAUCUAUUUAAAAGUUUAUUUCUUAUAAAUAUUUAAUUAAGUAUAUAUUCAUAAAUUCGCUUUGUAAUUUCCUAAGCUAACUUUACAACUAAUUAAAGAUAAUUUUAUUGUCGUUAAACUCAUUUCUGAACACGAAUUCCUGUUUUAACGCAAAUUAGAUAGGUAAAUGUUGAUUGUUUUUCUUUUCUUAUAUUAUAUUCCUCUGAUGUUUUUCACGAAUAAAGAACAUUUUUUAUGACUCAUACGAAUAUAUUUUCAAUUAGAGCGUUCAAAGAUGUUAUUUGUCUAUUCUAUAACCCUCCUUAUCUGAAGAUAAAGUAAUUUUGUUGAAUUGUGAAUACUAACAAAGACAAAAUUCAGAUAAAGCUUGUUUAAUAAAAUAAAAAACGUCAAAAAUAUGAUACAGAUAGUAAUCCUGUGUAGGAAGAAAAAGAAUCGUAUCUUUUGUUUCUUUUCCAACUUUAACGUGUAAUAAUUAACAAACAACUUACAAUUUCGUAAAUCUUUUUAUGCCUUCUUUAAUCUUAUAAUUAACACUGUUUAUGACUUUUAUAAAAUUUCACUGAUAAACUAUAAGCAUCAACAUUUCAUUUAUAUCGUUCGCACUACUUAAUUAGUAAGCCAAAAA